AUGCACGUCCCCGAAAGCCUUCAGGACCUGGCUGACAGUGAGGCUGUUCGGUUUCUGAAGAGGCCAAAGACCAUGGGGCGGAUCUUUUCAGGGGUCUUCUCCCUGGUGGUCUUCUCGUCCCUGCUGACUGACGGCUACCAGAACAAGACAGACUCCCCGCAGCUGCACUGCGUCCUCAACAGCAACGCCACGGCCUGCAGCUUUGCCGUGGGCGCCGGCCUUCUGGCCUUCCUCAGCUGCCUGGCCUUCCUUGUGAUAGAUGCUCACGAGAGCCGUCUCGCUGGCUCCCGCUUCAAGACAGCCUUCCAGCUCCUGGACUUCAUCCUGGCGGUCAUCUGGGUCUGUGUCUGGUUCGUGGGCUUCUGCUUCCUGGCCAACCAGUGGCAGCAUGCACAACCCCGGGAAUUCCUGCUGGGGAGCAGCAGUGCCAAGGCUGCCGUCACCUUCACGUUCUUCUCCGUCCUUGUCUGGAUAUUCCAGGCCUACCUGGCCUUCCAGGAACUCCGGGAGGAUGCCCCUGUCCCCUACAAGCGCUCCCUGGAUGAGGGGGCUGUGGUGCUGACCACCCUCUCCCCACCCUUGGCUGCCAGCCCCACCAGCUCCUCCACCACUGGCCCCAACAACCUGAACUAUGCCAGCUCCGCCCUGUCCCCCUACCUGAGCACACCGAAGGUCCCCCGCCUCGCCAUGAUGCCCGACAACUGAGUACCUCAGUAAAGAGACACCCUCACUCCAGAGGGUUCUGGCACAGCCCUCUGUCCUGCUCAUGUCUAUUCCUCUCUGGUCUCUUGGUGGCUGGGGUGGGGAAAAAUCCUACAUGGUCACCUCAGGGCUCUCCACAGUGGGUCCCAUUUUCAUACCAUCUUCCAGACCCUUUGUCCAGGGCCACCUUGAUGGCGCCAGAUUAGAGGUGGUUAC